UGAUUGGUCAAAUGUCUGACGCGCAGCGCAUGUGUGAAAACGUCAUCCAACAUGGCGGCACAAGCAACAAAUUUUGAAAAGAUUUUGCCGAAUGUAACAGUUUUUCGGCAUUUAUCGUAAUGUUAGGCUACAGUUUCCUUGAAUUUUGGCGUCACAUUGUCCAUAGUAAAUCCCUCAUGUAAUUUGUACCAAUUCGAGGGAAGUUAAACGCCAGAGAACAUAAAAAAUCGAGCAAGUUUCACUCGCCAAAAUCUUGACAUGGAGAGUUGCUGAGCAACGCGUAAACUUGUGCCAAAAAUGAGUUCUCCAAUGUCGUCCCUCGGCCGGGGGAAGAAACCUCCACUGCAGGGAGGAAGACCAGGACAGAGACCUGUACCCUUCAGACAUCCUGAAUAUACCAAUGAUGAGGAGUCGAUGUUCCAGGAGAUAUUUGGAGACUCACCCUCCUCCAGCAUCAGUAACUCCCCCAAGACGCGCAGCCCCUUCGCCUCAGUAGGAGCCAGCCCAAGACACAGCCCUAAAGGAGGCAAGAACACACCUGGCCCAGGCCCCACAGACCAUGAGCUGAUGUCCACCAUGAUGAAGAGAAUCGCCCAGCUGGAGAGCAGAGUCACCCACUACAGCAAGGAGGUCAUCGAGAAAGACAAGAAAAUCAAGGUCUUGGAGGAGAAGACCAAACUUCUCACUAAAGCAAAAGAUGCCAGUAAAGACAGCCCGAGUCGUGUACAGGAGCUCGAGAGGAAAUGUUUACUCCUACAGCAGCAGGUGUACGAGAUGGAGACGUUCCUGGCAGACUACGGGAUGGUGUGGGUGGGCGAGGAGACCCGCUCUGACUCCAGUGUGUACGUGGAGCUGGGGGGAGAGCUGGAGGAGGAUGGAGAUGGGGAGCAGCAGGAGGAGGAGGAGGCUGGACCGGAGGAGAGGAUAGAUCAGGCUACAGUCGGCACAAACACCAUGUGGAAGCCUGCUGCGUCCUAUCGCACCGGUACUUCAGUGGUGUCAUCAGACUUUCAGGUGGACUUCAACACCCUGAUAGAGAACAUUAAGGACCUGAAUGUGUUAGCAGGGGAGGGGGAACAGAAAAUCGUCAAGACAUCAGAGGGAGCCACACUCCAGAGAGCAGACUUCAUCCCCCUGACCCUGUAUGCUAAUGGUAUCUUCCUGUUCAACGGACCAUUCAGACCCAUGUCUGAACCCUCCACACAGCUGUUUCUACAAGACAUUAUGGAUGGCUACUUCCCCUCAGAACUCCAGACCAGGUUUCCAGAUGGUGUUCCUUUUACUGUUUCAGACAAAAGAGACACAGUUUUCAAGGACAAAAGAUGGAAGGAGGAGUUCCCUGGGUCGGGCCACGUGUUGGGCGGGAAUACCAAACCCUCUCGCUUGUUGCCUAGCAACCUUAGAGGCAGGGAGGAGCAUAGCUGGGGGAUUGACGCUGGGCUGAGGGAGACUAGCGAGGCACCAGUUCCCAUGAUGAGUGUUGACCAGUUCCUAAACAAGGUGCCGUCUUCUGUCAUCAAAGGUGGCCGGGUUAUUGACAUCAGAGCAUCUCUUGGAGAGACACUCAAGGGCGGCAGUGGUGACCGGUCCAGCGUGACAGUGAUUGACACUCCUGUUGCCAAGGAGAUGAAGGAAAGGUUAGAGAAGUCUGAGGCAGAACGACCUCCCUCGGCCAGAGACAUCACAACCUUGAGAAUCAAGGCAGGGGAGCAGAACUUCAUCUUAAAGAUGCGGUUCUCAGACACUAUAGGUGACGUAAGACGUCAGUUAGAACACUACAGACCUGCUGGAUCAGGGGACUAUGAGCUGCUGACGACCUUCCCUAACAAGGUGUACCGGGACAACACAGCCAGUCUGCACUCCUGUGGGCUCACACCUAAUGCUGCGUUACACAUCAGGACAAGGAAAACAUAGAACACUCCUGUGGGCUCACACCUAACGCUGCGUUACACAUCAGGACAAGGAAAUCAUAGAACACUCCUGUGUUCUCACACCUGAUGCUGCAUUACACAUCAGGACAAGGAAAUCAUAGAACACUCCUGUGUUCUCACACCUAAUGCUGCAUUACACAUCAAGCCAAGGAAAACAUAGAACACUCUGGUCUCACUCCCAAUGCUGCGUUACACUUCAGGGCAAGGAAAACAUAGAACCUAAUACAUGUACUAUAUAUAAUGGUCAGACUGGCUUUGUCUACUAUGUACUCACUUGACUGUCCACAUGUGCCUUCUUGUGUUUUCUGUGCCUUCACAAAUAUGUCUCGUAUCAGGCCAAGGAAAACAGAGAAUCUUAC